AUGAGCGCCGCUGUUUUGCAUUCUCGUCCGGUUACCCCCCAUCGAACCCCCACGCCUAUGGGUCGCAAAGGCACACCGGCGCCGUCGGCCCCGCCUUGCGCCAUCCUGCCGCUGCCCGGCUCAAACAAUUCCUUCGUCAAGGGCAUCCCCGGUCUCACCCCCAUCACCGUCGAGGGCACCAUCCUCAUCCCGCCGUCCCAGACCCUCAUCACCUCCGUCACCGUCUGCUUCCACGGAGUCACCCACAUUGCCAUCCAGAAGCGCAAGCUCAACAAAGACGUCUACAUCUACGAUAAGGACUCGAUCGUUCACAUCAACAAGGUCGCCGUCCUGGUCGACUCGCCCAGCAGCGACCAGCCCGUCGACAGCUCGUCCGUCGCCACCAGCAGCGUCAUGCAGCCCAUUCGCGCCCCGACAACCCCCGUCCGCAUUCCCUUCAAGUUCUCCAUCUCGGCCCGUCGCGCAGCCAAAUUGCCGGCCUCGGCCAAUGCCAACAAGGGCCCCGACAGCGUCGCUUCGACCGUCUACUACAUCGAAGCCACCGUCGUCGAGGAGGAGAUCUCGUCGACCCAGCAGCUUGCCGCCGCCUUCUUGACCACUGGCACCACUGCCAAGCCCAGCCACUCGACCUACCGCACCACACAGGUGCCCUUCCACUUUUACACCUACAACCCGCUCUAUUAUCCUCAACUGCUGCUGAGGGAAUCCUCGGCCCACACCGAGUCGCUGAAGGACUGGUACUCUCUCGACAUCGACAAGACUGUCCUGGCCUCGGGUGACACGAUCCGCUUCAAGUUCCGGCUUUUCGAAGACAUUGGCUUUGUGAUUGUGCGGCUGGUCGAGUACCAGUCGCUGUUUCCUCGCAAAGUCGCGAGCGAAAAGUGUGCCUUCCACGGCACAACCAUCUGCGACUGGGAAAUGAACGGCCGAGAUCUUCGCAGCGUCGAAGAGUUCGAGUUUCAGCUGCCGUCCAUCUCCAAGCCCAGGCUCGAGCCCACAAAGCUCGUCACCCACGUCGGCCCGCUCCCACGCCGCAUCCCAAAGCAGAAACGCGACCGCGAUUUGGAUGGCCCGCUCUCUCCCAAGACCCCGACAGCGCCCAUCCCGGUGGAUGAAUCGGACGAGGACGACGACGAGCGGCACAAGGAUCUGGAUCCUCUGGAUGUGUCCGAGUAUCUUGGCAUCGCCCCUUCGACCAAGGUCUAUCACUCCAAGGACAUGGUGAUGCACAUUUCGCACGCCAUCACCAUCUUUGUCGACGACGGUACCGAUCCCCAGCAGUCUGCGUACCGCUACCACACCAUUCCCAUUUCGAUCACCUCGCCCUCGCGUGGACAGUGGGAGUCCAUGCUUGACAUGUACAAGGACGAAGCCAUGGAUGCCGUUGCCCGCCGCGAAGCGCACUCUGGUAGCGACACCAGCGGCGACGAGUGGUGGUACCCGCCCGAGACCAAGGACGAGCGGUUUGCCGAGGAUGACACUGCGCAGGCCGCCAUCACCCAGAGAAGCCGCCACGUCCGCAACAUCAGUGUUGCGCUCUCGAGCAUCUCGGCGACCGACCUGCCGCCGUACGAGUCUGACGUGCCGCCCUACGACGUCGCCACGAUGGCAGCGCCUGUCGCCAAGACCACGGAUGCCAAAGAACCCGAGGCCCAGAAGGGCAAGUUUGGCUUCCUCAAGUUCUGGGGCAAGUAAUUUAGCUGCCUUGAAGCCAGGAUGGUCAGCGAUGGCAUGCCUUGGUUUCUGUCCCGGGCCCUUCUUCCCCUCCCUCCCGUCGCCUUCCAUCCAUCCCAUCGAGAAAUCCCCGAUUUUUACCCUGAUGAUCAAGGCGCUGCCAUGCGCCGUGUACCGUGUGCCGUUUGAAGAAUCGUUGGAGCAAGCUGGAACCAAAAAUACGGAGUAUCGGACCUCCUCCAUCCACCAUCACGAAAGGAGUCGCCAUCCACACACACACACCAUCAAGUCAUAACGCAGAACAACCUGCUCGACAUUGAUCGGCAACGCACUUGGCAUAUCCAUUCAAAACCCACCGAAACAGUCUCUGCCAUGGUCGAGAGAGCUCGGCGCUAUACCUCCGCACAACACACACUCCUUCG